AUGAGUCACCCACGUCCUUUCACGGCCUGUGGGUCUCACCGCUGUCCGACGGCCGGUGCGCUAUUUUUGAGAGGCUCCAAUGACUUGUUUACUAACCCUGCAAUCAACACCCGACCUUUCCCUGUGUUUGGGCCUCACUCAUACGGUUUCGGAAAUCACUUCCCAGAAGGUCAACCAUCCUUCCACUACUUAAGCCCAAGCACGUUUAACUUUGGAGUUACUUAUGGACCUUCGACCGAAAAGAGAGGCUCUAGUGACUUGUUUACUAUCCCUGCAAUCAACUCCCGACAUUUCUCCGUAUUUUGGCCUCACUCACAUGGUCUCGGAAAUCACUUCAUGGGAGGUCACCCAUCCUUCCACUACUCCAGCCUAAGCACGAUUAACUAUGGGUUUAGGGUUUAG